AAAUUUGAGUGCUUUUUGUUUGGUGGGUAUUUAUGAAUGAAUGCUUGGAAAUUGGAAGGAGUCCCAUGAAAAUUCCUCCAUGAAACUAAGCUUCAGCCAUACCAGAAAGCAUUUAUUACUUUAAUAAAUUCCCCCACCAGCAUCAUCGCCUUAGUCAACAAGCUGUUUUUCCCAAAAGCAAGCCGCAGAAAAAGAAAAAGAUGAUGAAGUACAACAACAAAAAGAAAAGGAGGGAUCCUUAAGACUACAACCCAUUUGCAUUAUCAUCCAUCCCUUCUUCAUUUACACUAAGUGCCCAAUUUUGUGUUCUGCGUUUUUGUUUCCAUCAGUGUUUGUGAGCUGCUCAAUUGGGGUACGAUCUUCAGGUAAUGUCAUGUUUUUAGUUUUUGCUUUGUUUCUAUCUGACAACUGUUUGAUAAAAUGCCGCACCCAACAAUUUGGAGCUUCCAGGGAAGCGUGUGAUCCUUGUGUUGUGUGAAUUGUUUAAUUAAAUCGCCCAUUUCUUUGGAAAUCUCACCCGUUCAUUUCUUGAAGAAGCGGACAUUUGGGGCAUUGAUUGUGUUAGUUUUUCCUUAAAUUCUCUUAGAACAGUGAUGGGAUCUUAUGGCACCCCAAAAACUUGGAUACCAUAUAUGAGCAACAAAGAUUGCUCUCAAGGGUUCUGUAGUGUAUAUUGUCCCCAGUGGUGUUACAUCAUGUUUUCACCUCCACCUCCCUUAGAGUUUCCAGAUGAUGAUUCAGGCCCAAAUUUUUCACCUCUUGUGAUUGCAAUUAUUGGAAUUCUGGCUAGUGCUUUUCUUCUUAUAACCUAUUACACCAUCAUUUCAAAGUAUUAUGGCAACACGAGCCGCUUGUCUAGGACUCAAGAUCAUGACCCAAAUCAGGAGUUUGAAGAUACUCACAACCCAACACUCCACGAGCCGUGGCAUGUCGCCACUACUGGCUUGGAUGAAGCACUGAUCAAGUGCAUUACGGUUUGCAAGUACAAGAGAGGAGAUGGGUUGGUUGAAGGCUCUGAUUGCUCUGUUUGCCUCAGUGAGUUUCAAGAAGAUGAGAGCCUUAGGUUGUUGCCUAAAUGCAGCCACGCUUUUCAUCUUCAAUGUAUUGAUACUUGGCUCAAAUCACACUCCAAUUGCCCGUUGUGUCGUGCAAACAUCGUCUCUGUCACUGCUUCUUCUCCACUUCAACUGCCUGCAACCACUGGAAACCCCACAACUAAUGAGGCCAUUCCAGAGACCUCUCAGGCAAAUAACCAUGAGGCUGUUUCACAGGAACCUGGAAGAAGUUUUGGCAAUGACAAUGCUAAGAACUCAGUUCGCGCUUUCAGCGACCUUGGAAAUUUGGUGAAAAGAGAUACUGUCAUUGAGCUUAGAGAUGGAAGAUUGCAGCAAAUUAGAAGGUCCAUUUCAAUGGAUCAUUGCAGCCAAAACCAUAUCAUUAUCGCAGAUGAGUUUGGAGGCAUUGAUGAAGCAGGAAGCUCAGGUGAUGUUGGAUCAUCCAAACAUUCAAUGGGAGAAGACAGCAAGUCAAAUCAUAGAAAAAGAAUCUUACAUUGUGUGAUGAGUCCUGUCUCAAUGAAGAGAUCGUUCUCAAGUGGAAGAUUUUCUCUCACGAAACAUGGAAGAGAACACAGAGGACUUGCCCCUGUCUGACAUUAACAACAGAGAGAAAACCGUGAACAUACACCAUAGGCUUCGUUUAGCUGCUUUCAAUCCUUUCCCUUAAUGGUUAGUUAUGGGUUUUUGUGAGGAUCAUCAAUGGUUUUUGCUUUGUCGUUCAAUUGUCACAAUUGUGUCUUUCUUUCAUCAUUGCUUCUUGUAUAAAGACACUAUGAGAUCCUGUGAGCAAAUUUUGACUUUGGCCGUUUUGGGCAGCUGGUUUUGCAAGGUGACGAGAGAGAAGCAGUAAUAUCUAAGGAGAAGACAGUGGAAUUAAUGAGAUACAGACUGAUGUGUAUAAAGAAACAAAACAUAUAGCAGAAAGGAUGAUGACGAGAUGAAAGUGUGGAAUAAUAAGAACAAAAUUAUGCAUCGAAUGGCACAAUUUAAAUAAACCCUUUUAGCUGCUCCACCUUUUUCUCUGUUCAACGCUAAAAAGUAUGAAUGUCACUUCUUUUU